AUGGCGACAGCGUUCAGCUCCGCAGACGCAGCGAUCAUUGAACAUAGAGUCGAGCUGGAUCCCGAUGCCGUCCAGGCUACAGCUUCAGCAUCAGGUCGCGCUGUCGAAGAACUGUAUGAUAUCGAAAGUACAGCGCGGCAGCUUGUGUAUGAACGGAACUCCGCAAAGAAGAUGACGCCACCCCUCCAGCGUGUGGCACUCCAGUUUCCUGACGAGGCCCUGAUUGACUCUGUGCCUGUUUAUCAUGCAUUGAAUAAGGCGCUCAAAUCGUUGACAGAUACGCCACCGCGACUUUACAUUCUGGCUGACACUAGCUAUGGGAGCUGCUGUGUGGAUCAAGUCGCUGCUUCUCAUGUCCAAGCUGAUGCUCUUGUGCAUUAUGGCCACACAUGCCUAAGUGCGACGGCGAGCCUGCCUUCUUUGUAUGUAUUUCCGAAACAUCCUGUUGCUAUCGAUGAUGUCGUUGAUGGCCUGCUGCGUGCAUCCAACGAACUAGUCCCAAGUGAUCGAGCAGCUGUAGUUCUCACGUAUGAUGUCGCCUAUACCCAUCUUAUGGAGCAAGUUUAUGAGAAACUACUUCCACGCUGGCCUCACAGUAUACCUCUCGUCUUAUCUCGCAUCGAAGUAAAUCAGCGAUUCCAUGCGCAGUGCGCGGCUCGUUCUCGCUCCGACCCUGGAAGCGAACCAUCUGACUCGCCGCGAUCGUGUCAAGCAUGCGGAUCGUGCGUGAGUUGCAUGCCUCAAACGCAUAAUGCUCAAAAAAUGCACAUUGAGCCGACAUCCUCGCUCUUAGGCAUGCGUCAAAUGUCCUUGCCCGCAGGUUCGUCUCUCCUUAACACUGCCGCCCUGUAUGUGGGUGGCGAAUCGCGUGCCCUGACGCACCUGCUUCUUACACUUGGGCCUCAAUACCCGAUGGUCUCAUACGACCCUAAAACACAUACCAUCCGCUCAGAGACAGGUCGCACGAACCGUCUGCUUAUGCGGCGCUAUGCAGCUAUUCAGAAAGCUCGUGAUGCCUCGGUCGUUGGCCUCGUUAUUGGUACACUUGGGAUCCAUGCUUACUUGCCGCUUCUGAACGAGCUUCGGCGCAUUCUCACAUCACCCGCUUCGCGGCGCAAAGUCUAUACUAUCAGUGUGGGCAAGUUGAAUCCGACGAAACUCGCGAACUUUCUCGAAAUCGAUGUGUUUGUGCUUGUCGCAUGCCCAGAAAACUCUCUGUUAGAUACGCGAGAGUUUCUUCGUCCCGUCGUAACGCCUUGGGAAAUGAUGCUUGCUGUUCAAGCUCAUGGCGGCAAGGAAGUGGCUUGGUCAGGUGCUUAUGUACUUGAUCUAGAACGAGUCAUGCGUGAUGCGUCGUGCAUGGACUUGAAUGCUGCUGGAGAUGUGAGCGACGAUGGCAAUGAUGACGAUGAACGCCCGCACUACUCUUUUGCUACGGGCACGUAUGUCUCUCGGACGAAAUACGGUACAUCUGACCAUGUCUUAUCAAGAUCGGGCAACAGUGAAGGUUUUACCCAAGCCCUGGAACGUCUCUCUGUUCAGCCACAGGAAGUAGCUGUGCGCGAUCCCAAGUCGGGUCAAGUGGUCAAGGUAUUGGAUAGUGCGGCACUUGCCCACCGCACGCAACGAACAUGGCAUGGUCUGGAUUUGAAAGAAGGUACACCACAUGCAGCUGUACUUGAGGAGGGUAUGGCCGGCUUUGCUCAGCGGUAUGAAGAUGCGGAUGGCACACGCGAAGGUUCAGCUUCUCGUGGGGCUCCUGCGUGA